AUGACUCGGGCAUGGACAAGUUCGCUUCAAGCCGGAAGCACAUAUGCAAGAGUCCGGGCCGGGUUAGAUAGAAUAUUGCGCAAAAUUAGAUUUCUUGGCACGGAUAGUUUCUCUGACAUUAUCCCGAGAUUUCUUGGCACGGGCGCAUGUUUCAACCUGCAUUCCUUCUUCUUAGCUUCUUCCCUAGCUCCAUCCUUGAAUUUGGAUUUUGGAAUCGGCAGUGGGAAUUGUCGAAUUGACUUCCAGAACCUCAACAUGAUUUUCUCGAUAUUUAACAUAUACCAAACAAAAUUAAACAUUAACAUUAACAAUAACCAUACAUCUGACCCCGUGGUCGAAGACAAAAAGCCAAAAGAUUAG